CGAAAUCACCGAAUUUCACCUACUUUCUCGCCACAACUCUUCAACAUUUGGUCGAAGCAGAUAAUUUAACACUCUGCUGCUAUCGCCAUGGCUUCUUCUUCACAAAGAGAAGGCCCCAAUCCUCUACGGCCAUAUUACAUUCCUCCAUCGCUGGGACUGCCACCGGGAGCUUCAAUCUCACAAUCACCUUCUGGGAAUAUUCCAGGAAAGAAUGGCGCCGCAGCUCCACCAGCCAGCUUUGGCACUUCUGCACGAGACAUUCUCUCCGACCUUGACUACUCAGAGUAUCUUUCCGACUCGUCGCCGUCCGCUGGUGAGAUGGCACGGGACAUCUUAGAUCAAGCUUUAUGGAAAUACACGAGCAUCCUUCUCGCACAACCUUUUGAUGUCGCAAAGACGGUGCUUCAAUGUCACCUUGCAUCAUCAGGAGCAAGACCAUUAGUUUCUGGACGUGGAUUUUCAAAAAGCGAUGCGGAGGACAUUGGGCUCAUGCCAGACUCAGGUGCAGAAGCAUCUGAUGCAGAGGAAGACAGCGACGAGGAACCUUCUUAUUUCAGCUCUACCACACCAGACACAUUACAAACAUCUUCAUCUCGCCGCCGAAGACAUGUUACCGACCGAGCGGGCUAUGUCAUUCCGCCCGCCUCUCAACGACUCCCCCACAAGCUCGAAUUACGACGCACAGAUGCCCUCCUCGAAGUGAUUUCUCAGCUGUGGUCAAAGGAAGGCGCAUGGGGUGUCUGGAAGGGUACAAAUGCGACGUUCAUCUACAGCGUGCUCGUCAGGACCAUUGAAAGUUGGACGCGCAGCCUUCUCUCCGCUUUAUUCAACGUCCCAGACCCAGGUCUGCUUUUCGGAGCCGACGUAGGUGGUCUGGACGUGCUCGAUAGUCCAUAUCCGCUUGCUUCCCUCGGUGUAGCCAUUGCAGCAGCCGGCCUAGCUGGCGUGAUACUGGCACCUCUUGAUAUCGUGCGCACGAGAUUGAUUCUCACCCCCACAACACAUGCUCCUCGAGCACUUCUUCCCUCUCUGCGCUCUCUACCGUCGCUUUCCUGCCCACCCAAUCUCCUUCCCAUUACUCUCCUCACAUCCACCAUCCCCACCUUCAUCACGACAUCCGCCCCGCUCUUCCUCCGCUCCAGAAUGGGCAUCGACCCCAUCCUUACUCCCACAACAUACGGAGUCGCUACAUUCUUCACUUCCGCCGUCGAGCUCUUUGUGCGACUACCCCUCGAGACCGUCCUGCGGCGCGGCCAAAUGUCCGUACCUCUGGGCGGCAAGCGGCCUGCCGCCAGUGAAGCAGUCGUCGACGUUGGCCCCUACCGCGGCGUCAUUGGCACCAUGUGGUCCAUCGUCAAAGAGGAGGGAGGUGCCCCGCAGGAAAUCGUCCCCGGUCCUGCCGGCGGCCCUGCUAUCCGCCGUGACCGAGCCGGCCAACGUCGCGGCCAGGGCGUCGAAGGUCUCUGGCGCGGCUGGAGAGUAGGCAUGUGGGGUCUUGUCGGUGUCUGGGGCGCUGCGGCCCUUGGAAGCGUGGGUGCGCGCGCCGACGAAUUUUAAGAGUACUGUGUUAGCCUCUCAAUUUCUUCUCUCUCUCUGUGGUGUCUUGGUAUCAACACAAUUUCUCCCACAAUUCUCUCUUUUUUAACCCCCUUUCCCCACUCUUUCAUCCCUCACAUUUUUCACCUCUCGCACUUCCCUUUCCGCUCGACUCCUCGCUCUUCUCUUUUUAUCCCAUCCGAAAAUCAUAGCAUCUACUCGUAUUCCUUUCCCCUCCUUUUUUUGCGUUUCCUUGUCUCAUCACGCACGCUAUACCUAAUUGUGCACACGGCGUAAUUGAAUUUCCGGAGGGCGUUUCACCGGCGUUUGUUGUUUUUUCCCUCAAUUUAUUUCUUUUCCCUCAAUCUAUAAGUUAUCUUUUACUUAAAGUACCUGUGACUUGUUACUUGUUACUUGUUACUUGUUCUAUAUUAUGACUCUCUCCAACCAAUGUAUAAUUGUAUAUCAUAACCAUGACACAUCUCUGAACCUCU